CCGCCCGCGCUUAAGCAACUUUUCUUCUUCUUCGCAAAAUCUUUCCUCCCGGAAGUACCUCCGGAAGCCAUGCCCUGGUGCACGGCUCUGCUUUUCAUGGCAGCCACGUGGGCUGUGGGUGCCCCCGUUAUGGGGUGCAAUAAAGCACUUUGUGCCAGCGAUGUCAGUAAGUGUUUGCUGCAGGAAAUGUGCCAGUGCAAAGCGAACCGUACCCAUUGCUGUGAGGAGUGUGCUUUCUGCCUGGCCAAACUCUGGGAGCCAUGCUGCGACUGCGUAGGCCUGUGCGAUGAACGUGUCUCAUCCGCCCCCCGCCCUGCCCAGCGAAGUUCCAUGCACGACUUGGUGUCCCCCGUGCCAUCUCUUUUCCGGGCACUCCUGGCCCUGUCCAACAACAAUCCCGCCCUGGGCUGGAGCAUUGUAACUCUGCCACUAGAAGAGGAACUGCGGCAAAACCACGUGGAGAUGGGACACCUUCUGCUGGGACCACAUACAGACUUGGCACUCCCAGACACCGACGCCAAGGGCCCCAAUGCUACGGCGCCAGCUUGCCAAUCCAUUUACUUCAACGACUGUCUGUCCAUGAGCCGGUGCCGCGCAGCCUGCCAGUCAGUGGGAGCCUGGCGCUACCGCUGGUUCCACAGCGCUUGUUGCCAAUGUCUAGGGCCUGACUGCCAGGGCUACGGAGGUGCCCGUGCCAGUUGCUCCAACUGCCAGGACUGAGCAGCUGGCUUCUCGUUCCCUGGCACAGGGCACCCCACCCACCUUCACUUUUCUGCACAGCUCCCUGCAAACUGCAUGCAGCCUUCGUUGCUUCCCUUCUUUCUCUUCCAAGCCCAGACAUUUUCAGCAGCGAGAAUGAGUUAACAGACCCUUUGGUGGCACAGAUGAGCCCAGCCCUUCGCGCUGCAGCUGGAGGUCCCUCUGCAGCUAAGCCUCUCCGUCCAGGGCACCUUACCUUGGACAUUGUUCCUUCCUACCCCCCACCAGUCAAGUUUUGCCGAAAUCGGCUCGGAUGCC